AAAGGAGUAUCAAGCAUAUUUUUUUAUUCUUAUGGUUACGUUUCUUUUAUAAGCUUUGAACUCGAUAGGCUCUGCGUUAAAAAUAGUCCUUCAAAACCAGCCCUAGUUAUUUCACAUUUAUAAUUCACGCUUCGUACAGUCCAUUUUUGUCCUUGUAGAAUGUGGCAGUUAUUUUUUGUAGGUAGUUGACCAGGCACCAGCCAGAUUCGACUCAAUAAACGCAAGUGUGAGCAAGGAGAGCAAUUUGGCAACAUCGCAUUUAAAUUCAGUGGUGCUUGAUUUUUUUUUGGUGUCAGGCAGUAGUCGAGUAAAGCUGUGAUCAUAACAGCUUGUGUGAUUUGUAUUGUAGCUUUGAUUUGUAAGAAUCUUAAAUUUUAAUCCCAAACUUCUGUCCACUCUGUCAAAAAGUGUCCGAUGCCAGUCAAAACAGACGUUCACGUACCACCGCCGGCAAAUUCGCAUCAGCCAGGAGUGUGUCGAUCGCUUUUAUACAAUGGUUCUCGAUUUCAGGGUCAUCAGAAAUCUAAAGGAAAUUGUUACGAUGUAGAAGUUGUACUUCAGCAUGUUGAUGAGGAGAAUUCAUAUUUAUGUGGCUACCUGAAAAUCAAAGGUUUAACCGAAGAAUUUCCCACUCUUACUACUUUCUUUGAUGGUGAAAUCAUCAGCAAAAGAUUCCCUUUCCUCACUCGCAAAUGGGAUGCUGAUGAAGAUGUUGACAAGAAACAUUGGAGCAAGUUUCUGUCAUUUUAUCAAUAUGCAAAAACUUUCAAUUCAGAUACUUUUGACUAUGAUGCCAUGCAGGAGACAGAUUAUGUCUUCAUGAGAUGGAAAGAACAUUUUCUGGUGCCUGAUCAUACUAUCAAAGAUAUUAAUGGGGCCAGUUUUGCUGGUUUUUACUACAUCUGUUUUCAAAAGUCGACAGCCACGAUCGAAGGCUACUACUACCACCGCAGUUCAGAAUGGUAUCAAUCGCUGACGCUCACUCACGUGCCUGAGCACAGCAUUCAAAUUUACGAAUUUCGAUAAAAUUCCUUCCACCAAAUAUCUUGUUUGUUGAAAAAAAUAAGCAUGAAUAACGCCCAUCCCGAGUUGUAAUAAGAGAAAAUCGUUUCGCCUUCUAA